GUGUAACAACCACAACAAGGCUCAUUCAUCAUGGCCGCUCUUGCUCGUGCCCUCCCAGUCCCGAUCCACACCGUCGUGGAGGAGGUCGACGAAGGCCCGAUCCUCCCGGCUGUCCCCCAGGUCGUCAUUCCUGCCUAUGGCAAGCGCAAGGGAUGGAAGCCGAAGGCGCAGGCCGACUUUGGCGGCGGUGGAGCGUACCCCGAGUGCCAUGUCGCCCAGUACCCUCUCGACAUGGGCCGCAAGAAGGCCGCGCCUGGCACAACCGUCGCGCUGCAAGUCGACGCGGACGGCAAGGUGCGCUACGACGCUAUUGCCCAGCAGGGUCGUGCGCCUGGCUCCAAGGUCCAGUCGAGCUUCAAGGACCUUGUUCCCCUGGCCAACCGCACCGACGUCACGGACGAGGACCGUGAGAUGGUGCGCCCUGACGGCGCGGCUGUCAACGACACGACCGAGAGGACGAGGCAGGCGCUGGAGCGCAUCACCCACGGCAAGAUCAAGGCUGCACAGCCAAAGCAUGUGCCAAAGGGCAACAAUGACGCCUCGUACAUUCGCUACACGCCAGCAAACCAAGGCGCCGACGAGAGCAAGCAGAGGAUCAUCAAGUUGACCGAGGUGCAGGAGGACCCCCUGGAGCCCGCCCGCUUCAAGCACAAGAAGAUUCCCCGCGGCCCGGCUGAGCCUCCUCCCCCAGUCAUGCACUCGCCCCCUCGUGCUGCUACGGCUCAGGACCAGAAGGACUGGAUGAUCCCUCCUUGUAUCUCCAACUGGAAGAACAACAAGGGUUACACUAUCCCUCUGGACAAGCGUCUCGCCGCCGACGGCCGUGGCCUGCAGGACGUGCACAUCAACGACAACUUUGCCAAGUUCUCCGAGGCUCUCUACGUCGCCGACCGCCACGCGCGUGACGAAGUCCGCGCUCGUGCGCAGAUGCAGCAGCUCCUGGCCCAGAAGGAGAAGACGCAGAAGGAGGACAACCUGCGUCUGCUCGCCCAGAAGGCUCGCGAGGAGCGUACCGGCGGACCUUCCAACGCCAUCGCGUCUGGAUCCAGCCGGGCCGCCGCCUCUGUCGGCACUGUUCUGGGCGGCUACGCCAGCUCGGACGACAACGACAGCGAGGACGACGAGUCUGAGUCUGAGGCCGAGAAGGAGGACGACGCGGCGAUCGCUGAGCGUGAGGCUGUCCGUGCCGAGAAGCGUCGUGAGCGCGAGAAGGAGAUGCGCAUGUCCAACAUGGGCUCUGAGCAGCGCGCCAAGAUGAUCGCCAAGGAGCAGAACCGCGACAUUUCCGAGAAGAUUGCGCUUGGUCUGGCCAAGCCAAGCGCGUCCAAGGAGACGCUGCUCGACUCGCGUCUGUUCAACCGCGAGGCCCUGUCGACUGGAUUUGGUGGCGACGACAGCUACAACCUUUACGACAAGCCUCUGUUCCACGGCUCGAGUGCUGCUGCUGCCAUCUACCGGCCGCGCGGCAACAAUGCUGGCAACGACGACUCUUUUGGUGGUGGUACCGAGGACGGCAUCCGAGAGGAGAUGUCUAAGGACCGGUUCCAGCUCGGCAACGCGACGCGUGGAUUCGAGGGCGCCGACAAGGCCGAGGCGAGCUCUGGACCAGUACAGUUCGAGAAGGACGUUGUCGUGUCGCUCGACGGGGCGUCUGAUCCGUUUGGUGUCGAGAAGUUCCUCGACCAGGCCAAGCGUGGCGGCAAGCGCGUGGCAGAUCAAGGGGACGAGGCCCGUAAGAGGCAUCGGGAUGAGUAGGGCAGGCAGUGGCAUAGAGAGCAUAGUGUUUUGUGUACGUUUCCGACGAGCAGCGGUCCAUCAGCCCCGACAUGUAUUGCGUAU